UCAAAAGGCUACAAAAUGUUUCUUCUAAAAUUACCACGGAAUCUACCACGGAAUGCCUAAAUGAUUCACCAAAUGCUAGAGCUUUGUACGUUUACAUAAUUAGAUUACCUUACAACAGCAUAUUUGCCCCAUUCAAAUUCAGAUACGCACAGAGAGGUCUUGUGUGGAUUAGUUCCAUAUACAGAGGCAGUUUAUAUAAAACUGCAAUUUAAAUUGCGUUCUUAUUUAAAUGCAAAAUUCACAGAUGUAACGUUCAAACUAAACGGCAAUUCGGUAGCUACCAUUUAAGUUUCUCGUUGACCCUCCUUUCGGGUCUUUUAUUCAAAUCUAAUUUCGCACAAAAUAUUUCUCUCCGGGGGAUAAUUAUCUUUGCACUUCUCCGAGGCCAAAUACAUCGUUUUCAUCCCGAUGAAAAGAAAGGUUUUCUUAGACAAGUGGGGGGAAAACAUCUGCCUCUCCUCUUUUCUGACUGUGGUGCCAUCCGUCCCUAAAUUUCAACAAUAGCACCCUUGUUUCAUGUCGCCCCCCUGAAUCCAAAGUAAUUACUAAUCAUCAAUCAAAAUUAAUAAUAGUUGAUUGGGCUGGUGUGGUCAAAGAUUAGGCAAGGGGAAGGUUGUAAGACGUCUCUCACGCCACUUGCAGUCAUAGUGGACUGGGUAAAGGGGGGGCGGCCCCAAUAUCUAUUGGUAUCCACUGGGAAACAACCGCCUCUUGUGGCAGCCAAAAAGUCAAGAGCCGAAUAAGGAAAUGAAGCGUAAUUUGAGGAAGAUGGAUGAGUCCGGAGGGCAACACCCCCUCCCAUCCCUUUUCUAUUGCAGAUGAUGAGCUGUGUGUGUGUGUGUGUGUGUGUGUGCGUGUAGGUGCGUGUGUGUUCGUGUGUCUGUGUGUGCGCGCGCGUGACAAACAGAGGGGAGAGGGAGAGUGAGAGGGAAGCGAAAAGGCGUCAGGUCUCAGUCAGCACAUUGGCUUAUCGGGGAGGAGACGGAGAGGAGCUGCUCAAUAUUAACGUCACCCAUUAACUGGAGGAUAGCCGAAACAGCUAAGGACAAAAAACUUAGCUGCGCGGGGACGCAGGGAUUUCUUCAUUUUAAACAAGGAGUACUUAAAUUAAAUUAAAUAAAACAAUAUUUGGUUUACCACCAGCAUGCAGAGACCAAGCGGCCAAGGGACGGCGUUUUCCAUUGACUCGUUGAUUGGGACUCCGCAGCCCCGACCUGGGCACCUGCUCUACACUGGCUAUCCUAUGUUUAUGCCAUACAGACCCCUGGUCAUCCCUCAAGCCCUGUCUCACUCGCCUUUACAGUCUGGUAUUCCACCGCUAGCCCCAUUGGCUUCCUUCGCCGGACGUCUUACCAACACCUUCUGUGCUAGCCUGGGACAGGGAAUGCCCUCCAUGGUGGCCCUCACCACCACUCUGCCGAGUUUUUCGGAUCCGCCGGAUAGUUUCUACCCGCCACAAGAGAUCCCGGGACCAAGAUUAAGCGCUGAUCCUGGAAUUAGAAGGCAGGAGAGUCCGCAUUCAGAGGAUUUGCCUGUAAGGGACAAGGGUUCAGAAUUGCUCAACUUCUCGGAAAGUUUUCAAACUAUCGCAGGAGAGACCAAACUGUACAGCUCGGACGAGGAUAAGCUGGACCUCAAGUCAGCUGAGACUGCGUGCAGCGACAGAGAAGAGGACAGCUCCGCGGACAGUGAGAAUGAGAGUUUCUCGGACGGCAACAAUUGCGGGUCAUUAUCCCAAAAGAAACUUAAACCCGGGUCGCAGGAGCCCCUACCACCGGGGAGUGCAGCGGGAAAGAGUAGGAGGCGGCGAACUGCCUUCACCAGCGAACAGCUACUUGAACUUGAAAAAGAAUUCCAUUGUAAAAAGUACCUCUCUCUCACGGAGCGCUCUCAGAUAGCGCAUGCACUUAAACUGAGCGAGGUCCAAGUCAAGAUUUGGUUUCAGAAUCGUAGGGCCAAAUGGAAACGGAUUAAGGCCGGAAACGUCAACAACAGAUCGGGGGAACCUGUACGGAAUCCAAAAAUAGUGGUCCCCAUCCCGGUGCACGUCAACAGGUUUGCCGUUAGGAGUCAACAUCAACAGAUUGAGCAAGGAACCAGGCCAUGAACAAUCUGAACAGGACUGCAAUAUUGUCUAGCCUACUUUUAUUACCCAACCACUAAUAAGUCAAAAGCUAUAUUUUGACCACUUUUAAGCUGAAAACAGGAAUGGGGUGUGGGAAAUCAUACAAGUACUUACGAAUGGAAACCGACUCCUUCGACGACAUGGCUUGUCCGAAGAGUUUAUUUCCAUUCGCAAUGUAUUUGUCAGGGUAAUAAUUGCGGUAGCAAUAAAAAACAUAAUUCUGACAUGUAUUUAAUUCAGCUUGUUAGCAAUGGCUAGCCGCGGAAAUAUUUGAUUCGCUUACAAAAUUGCAUCCUCGUUUUCCCGGUUGGAUCUUGAAUACGCAAGGCUCCUUAUUUAUUACUUUGUACAUUUGUAAAUACCGUGUCGAGGCGACACAGAAGUGCACUAUAAAAUAAGAUUGUAUACAAUUCUUUUUUUAAAGUAAUAUUUAUAUGUUACAGUGUGACAAUUAUGUGAAUCCUCUGCAUGUUUGCGUAUGCCCACUUGUUGAAGAUGUUUUUAUAAUUCCCUUCCUUCGAUUGUAAAGCCGCCCCACUUAAGUUGAUCCAAACUCUUUGCAUGUUCCCUCCAAUGUUCUCGUUUACCGUAGAAUCUGUAUUCAACAGUCAUUUGUGAAAAUUAAAAUUGUGAAGGAAAUAAAUUUUAAAAUUAAGACCA